GCUGCUGGCGGGAAGGCACGAGAGAGAGAGAGAGAGAGAGACAGAGAGAGAGAGAGAGAGAGAGAACCACAGAGGUGGGAGGGAGUGUGUAUGUGUGUGUGAGAGAGAGAGAGAGAGAGAAGGGAGAUAGCGUGUGCGUGCGUGUUUGUGCGCGCGUGCGGAUUGCACCACCGCAGCCCGUUCACCGUUUCUGCAGGCGGCCGAGCUCCGAUGGAGAUAAUAAACCCGCACUAGGGGCUUUUCUCUUUUCUUUUCUCUUUUUUUUAUUUUAUUCCCCCCCCCCUUCCUCCACCUCCUCCUCCUCGUCCUCCAUCCUCUGAUCCAGAUGUGACCGACAAGUCGUUGCAUGACGCCCGCAUUCAGUCCCGCGUCGCUCACCUCGGAGAGACUGUGACACCAUGGCUUUGGUUAUGGAGCCUAUCAGUAAAUGGACACCGAAGCAAGUGCUGGACUGGAUGAAAGGUCUGGACGACUGCCUCCAGCAGUACGUGAAGAGCUUUGAGCGGGAGCAGAUAGGAGGAGAGCAGCUGCUGCACAUCACCCACCAGGAGCUGGAGGAGCUCGGCGUCACCAGAAUAGGACACCAGGAGCUCAUACUGGAAGCUGUGGACCUCCUCUGUGCCCUGAACUAUGGCUUAGAAACAGAGAACCUCAGAACAUUGUCCCACAAGCUCAACGCUUCAGCAAAGAACCUCCAGAACUUCAUCCUGGGCCGACGGAGGGGGGGUCAUUACGACGGCCGAGCCUCCAGAAGGCUGCCCAACGACUUUCUUACGUCAGUGGUGGAUUUGAUUGGUGCUGCCAAGAAUCUGCUUGCCUGGCUCGACAGGUCUCCAUUCGCCAGUGUGACUGAGUAUUCAUUACUGAAGAACAACAUUGUGCAGCUGUGCUUAGAGCUGACCACCAUUGUACAACAGGACUGCACCGUGUAUGAAACGGAGAAUAAGAUCCUUCAUGUGUGUAAGACCCUCGCAGGGAUUUGCGACCACAUCAUCUCUCUGUCGUCGGACUCUCUGGUGUCUCAGUCGGCACAUCUGGAGGUGGUCCACCUCACCAGCAUCAUGCCCAGCGAAGGCCUGGGGAUGUACAUCAAGUCGACAUACGACGGACUCCACGUUAUCACUGGAACCACAGAGAACUCACCGGCAGAUCAGUGCAAGAAAAUCCACGCUGGAGACGAGGUGAUCCAAGUCAACCACCAGACAGUGGUGGGAUGGCAGCUGAAGAACCUGGUGAACGCUCUGAGGGAAGACCCGUGCGGAGUCAUCCUCACGCUGAAGAAAAGGCCCCAGAACACCCUGAGCUCCACCCCAGCGCUGCUCAGGAACGUACGCUGGAAACCACUGGGCCUGCAGCCCAUCCCUACCAGUCCCACCAGCACGUCCCCCACACCCGGUGGAACCCUGGGCAUGUCCACCAUGGACGCCCCCAGCAUGCAGGACGUCUACAUCCUCUCUCCCGUCUCUGGACUCUACAGCACCAGGGAGGAGAUGGGCCUCAUGUCGUGCGACGACAUCGGUCGCUACAGCGUAGGCUCCCAGUCCGGGUCUAAGGGCUCGGAGGCCGUCAGCUACUACCUGGACCAGGACAGCGGUCAGUACUUCUCUCUGCUGGAGGGCGACGGACCCGCUGGGACGGACUAUGACCGGGGCCGCAAUACGGGUGUGCGACGGCGAGACAAGACACCGACGCAUGGUGAUCUCAGACCUGUUUCCAUGCCUCCUGAAUAUAACUGGAUGGCCGAAGCCAAGGAACCCAGCAUGGGCAAGAGAGGGAGCAGAGAUUCAGACAACUCGCUGCUGCGGUAUCUCAGCGACGACAAGAUCCUGGUGAUCGAGGAGGAGCCCGAGGGUCCGGGCAGAGAGAGCCGGCGGGAUUCCACCAGACGCUCGCGUCGCAAGAGUCGUAAUCCCAGCAGCCCCAGCUUUCCGAUCAGCCCCUCCAUGCUUUCCUCCACCUUACGGCUUGACCAACCACCUGAGCCUCUCCCGCGGGGUGCAGACACGCUGCGAGCCGACACGACCGACAGGUACUCUGGUACAGGAAGCUCAGGAGCCGCCUCCAUGAGGAAGUCUUUCCAUUACACGUCUUUAAGAACGAAAACCAAAAAGAAGUAAAGGGGUUCCCUCACCAGCGCCAGUCGAAGGAGAAUCUCCUGUAAGGAUUUGGGCCACGGCGACUGCGAGGGCUGGCUGUGGAAGAAGAAGGACGCUAAAGGCUAUUUCACCCAAAAAUGGAGGAAGUACUGGUUCAUCCUCAAAGAAUCUUGCCUUUACUGGUACACCAACCAAAACGAUGAGAAGGCUGAGGGCUUCAUCAGCCUCCCCGAGUUCAGAAUAGACCGAGCCAUAGAGUGCAGGCGGAAAUUCGCCUUCAAAGCCUGUCACCCCAAAAUCAAGAGCUUCUUCUUCGCCACAGAUUGUCUCGAGGAGAUGAACAGGUGGAUGAACCGGCUGGGCUUAGCUGCUAUUGGCUACACACCUGACGAUAAGGUGCCGCGCCCUGAUGAAGACUACUGGAGCGAAAGCGAUCAAGACGAGGUUGACGGAUCAAUGACACUCAAACAGGAGGGGCCCUCGUCCCUCUGUGAUACUUACCACCGCACGCCAUCUGCCAACCUCCUCCACAGUUACGACCAGUUGCCCCGCUCAUUGAGCUCCAUGAGCCUCUUGCGCUCCACUCCAUCCCCUCUCCCCAAAAGUGCCUCCACCUCCCCGAUUCCUCCACAGAUGGUCUCUUCCACCUCCCCUCUCCCUCUGCAGGUGAAUUCCUCCAGCCCUUUCCCAGAGUCCAAGCACGGUCGACAUUUCUCGAGCGAGUCCACGCACUCUCACUCCUCGGCCGAGGACCAGCGUGGAGACGGCAUGGGCAUGGGGACGGGCACGGGCAGCACCAGCACCCACUCGUCCAGCUGCCGCUCGUCCCACCGCGAGCGCCGCUCCUGGCAGGACCUUAUCGAGACCCCGCUGACCAGCGCAGGGCUGCACUUCCUGCAGACGGCGCCGGGGGAGAGCGACUACGGCGGCCUGAUUGGGGGAAUGGCCGGAGAGAUGGGGUACUACAGAGGUCUGGGCAGACAGGGAAUGUCCCCGGAGAGGCGCCGGCAAGCGACGCUGCCCGUCCGGAGACACCACGCGGCGGAGAGGGACAGGGAACGGGACGGGCCCUUCCCGCUGGAGCGAGGGCCGUACACACACAGCCACACGCACCGACGCUCCCACAAGCAGCGGAGUCAGAGUCUACCCAGGAACAGAGAUCCGAUCCUGGGGAAGUUUCUGCACAGUGCGGCUCAUAUGGAGGAAAGGAGUGAGGAUGAGGAGGCAGAGGGCUCAGCUGCAGACAUGCUGGAGGCAGAAGAUGACCUGCGGGAUUUCCGAAUGGACAGCAGAGAAAGGAGAGUUUCGGAGGGGAGGGAGCGACGGAUUUCAGACGGACGCGACCCCGAGCCUCUGGACGGGCUCGAGCAGCUCUACCGGGCCCUGGAGCAGGCCAACGUGAACGCUCUGGGAGACCCCAGGCCCUGCAGCAAACAGGAGCUGCGACGCUGUUUCACCCAGAGAGUGAGGGACCCCCUGCUGAACGACCGGCUGCACCGGGUCCGAGCCCUCCGCAGCACUUUGAAGGCCAAAGAGUCUGAGCUGGAAGUGAUCUGCGCUCUCCUCGAGGACCCCACGCUCUGCUCCCAGACCUUCAGAGAGUGGAAGCAGUGGCACAGCGAACUCUACGCCGAAAUCUGCCAGCUCAGCCCCGGCACCAACGGCCAGGACGAGCUCUCCCCGAUGGGCGCGCCCCUCAUGACCCACACGCACUCCUUCAUCGAGACGCACGUGUGAGGUGCGGCGGCGCGGGGGGAGGCGACGCGCUGAACCCCGGCUCUCGGCCCGGAGAGCCUCCCGUUAUCCCAUCACGACUCCGAGCACGCACUCGUACACAAACACGGGGGCAGACUUUGUAAGAUGUGUAAAUAUCACAGAAUGGGGGGGAAACAGCCUGAGAGAUGCGUGGAUGAACUUUUGAUAAUCACGAGGACCCUCCCCCCACACAGGGUGCUUUUGCAUGCCUGAACAGAAAGCAUUAAUCUUCCUUUGUCUGUGGAACUCACCUAAAGUCAACACGCUUGUCGAGCAAAACAGGAAAACAAAAAAAAAGGGGAGACUUUGAGCCCAUGUUUGUUUCUUUAUGUUUUUUUUGUUUGUUUGUUUUUGUUGUCAGUGUUCGAGGACGGGGGGAGGCUAUGUAGCAGCAAUACAGACGAGAAACCUUUUCACCACAGCACUGUACUUUUCUACUGACGAACUUUGCACCCAGAGCCACCAGUUCUCCCCCUUUCUCUAAAAAUUGUUUUCUUUAUUUCUCAUGGCAUAUCUCGUUGAUUUACAGGGAAAUCGCGGGUAUUUCAGGCUGAUCUCUCGUGGGAAACUGUGAGAACGGGAGCUGUGGUGUCAAGACCGCAACGUGGUUUCUUUCUUUAUUUAUUUAGUUUUAUUUUAUGUUUUGUAAAGCUGUUUCUCUGGGAACCCAUGAAAUUAAGCAUCAAGCAACAACUGUGCCGGCCACAAAGCACGCUCCUUUAAACUGUGAAGUGUUCAGACGUCCUUGCAGAAGGAGGCUCCUCUGUUCAAAUGCAAUCCCGGUUUUUGCGCCCUCUGAUUUCUUUUGUUUUUCUCCUUCUUCUCCCCCCCAUCUCCCCUAUCAAGUAGUUCUCAAAAAGACUUGUGUAAAUGUGAAUACUGAUGUAAAUGUUCGAGUUCCACUACCACUGUGAUACGCUUCUAGAGGUAGCGGAGAGAGACGGCGUUUCUAUUAGUGUGGGUGCAAGACUACUUUUUUUUGUGUUUUUUUUUCCUUUUCUUUCUUUUUUUUACCUUUUGUUUUUCUUUUUCCACUCAAUGCAAGAGCAAAGGAGUUCUCUUUUCAAAGAAGUCACUCACUACAAAGAAUGCACUUUCUAUAUCUCUGUGUCCCAUCGCCUGCAUCACAGGGUCUCCAUCACAUCGGCCUCCUUCCCAUUGCUGUUCAGAUAUCAGGUAAAAAGCGUUUGCCGUCUCAUUUUCUAACGACUCGUGUACAGUCUACAGAUGUAUUUAAGCCUAGAGGAGAAUAUAUAAAUCUAUUUACGUUUUUGUGUCAUAGAUAUAAUGUAAAGUAAGAUGUAUUCUACGCCAAGGUUUUUUGCAGUGCCCCGCCCUCCACCUCCUCUCCCCACAGGGCCGCUCGGCAGCGGCUGUGCCGGCUCGACUCACAGCCGGUCUAUUUCUCGGCGAUGUGUUGCAUGAGGAAAAGGUCUGGGACUGGUUAGAGUGGGACAGGGUAAAAAUACUGUGGAUUAUUUCUCUUCCUUUUUUAUUUAUUAGUCCUGUAGCGCAUGAUACAUGCAAAAAUGAUGUUUUUUUUGGUUUGUUUUUGGUUUUUUGAUAACGCAUAUUUUCAAAAUCUUUCUUUCAUUGCAUACGGUUUAAAGACACACACUGUACGUCCGAAGGUGAUAUUUCUUUUUUGCUGCUCAGCUCUUUCGACGUCAUGCAGAUGUUGAAUUUUGUAUUCAGUUUGUCGUGUUUUGGUUCAUCUGCGGUGUCUCCUGGAAGUAUUCACACCCCAUAAACAUACUCUGAGUUUGUCUCUAUCAAUUCCUCAAACUUCGCUGUAUUGAAUUAGGAUUUGAAGUAAUAGAGCCAGAGCCAGCCCAGGGGCCUAAUAGGCCCCUGGGCUGGAGCCUGUUUUGGUGCCAAAUCCACCACAAAUAAACUCUUCAACUAAUGCAAAUACGCUAAUACUUGAUAGGUUUUGUAGGUGAGGCUUAUAAACAGGCGGGUAUGAAUUGAUGCAUGGUAGGAGCAGUAAUCCCAUGUUAUUCCCCCCUAUGUACAAAACUCCAUAACUUUAUGUUUUUCACAUACUUAAUUAUUGUUUACAGUCAUAAAAAAACCCCAAAUAUUAACACAAUUCACCUCAUUUUGAUUUAUGAAUUUCAUAUAAAGUGCAAUGGAAAAAUGCCUUUAAUAAAAAAAACAGAAAAAUCUCAAAUUGGGACCGUAUUCUAUUUUUAAUCCCCCUAUUGCUUAAAACAAAUAGUUUAAUAUAGUUUUCAUUAUUAUUAUUUUUUUUACAAAUAAAAUUUGAAAAACACGGCAGGCUUUUGCUUUCGUCCCUCAUAAGUCGACACUUUGCCGCAGCUUCACCAUGAGGUCUGGUGGGCAGGACUCUUCUGGAUGUUGAGAUAAAUAUAAUAUUCUCCUUUGGAAACAGACCAAAGUCAUGCAGGAAAUGAAGGCGAUGUUGUCUGAGAUCAGCAGUCAAAUAACAGUUCGACUGCUGAUCCACCGUAUGUGAGGUCAUGACAAGUGUUAUUUUUGUGCCACACACAGUGUCCGACGUGAAAGACUGAUAAAAUAAACAACAACUUAUAAUUUGGUCUUAUCUGAAUACAGAACAUUCUUCCAUAUAUGGCCAGUGGCAAGCUUUGAUUUCAAUUCAUUUUGCUCUAUAACAGCCUUUUUUCUCUUUUCUCCAUUCUUCCACAAAUUCUCUCGCCUGAGCUGUGAAUAUCUGGAGAUCUUCCUCAGCCGUUUACCACGGGCCUCUCCGCUGCUUCCUCCAUCAAUGUGUCUCGGUGGCUUUGCAGUUCUGCUACACGAGUUAAAAACUAACCCAGCUUUUGACUUCUUUAUAUAUCUAACCUCUCUGCUGUGUUUUGGAGUCUUUAUCAGGCAUUUUUCCUAAUAGACCUCUGAAAACAGAUUGGAUUUUUUUUUCUUUUUUUUAGGGCUGUCAGAGCAAAAUUUUAUGUGUAAGAUAUUUUUAUACCAGGCAACGUUUUGGCUUGAAGGGGAUCUGUUAUGCGAAAUUCCCAUUUUGCAUAAUAUCUGAAUUUUUGUACUUCCAUUCGUGUCUCUGCUGCUUCUAAAAAAAAUUAAAAAUGAAAAGAAAAAUAAAACAAACUGUAAAAAAACCCCAAAACAAAACAAAAAAAUAACAGCCUUUUUUGGGGGCAAUGAUCCUUUUUCGAUUUCUAGAAAAUAACCUCCUGAUAGUUAAGGCCACGUGUGGUAGCAGCCCCAGUCAGCUGGUUUUACCGCUGUGUGCGCUGUACAAUGGCUGCUGGAAAACACAAGAGUUUUGUUGUCGACUUGCCGUUCAGAAACAACUUGCUGAAUUCGUGUUGUCUGUGCAGGAGGCUCUACUUCUGCUUUUCAAAAAUGCGCGGUUGUAUAUUUGAGCAUCUGUUUGCAACCAUUUUUAGGUGCAAGUGUAAAUGCUGAGUUGGGCUUAUUUAGAUUUAAAGUGACAAGACGCCAUAGAAGAGCUCAAAGUCCAGAGAACAGAGCAGACUAAAAUCUUGUUAUCGAAAUGUUUUGCGUUGCCCAGAAACCUAUCACAACUCACAAUAGAUCACCUUUAACUUUAGGCUAUACAUCUGAGUUAAAAAUCCUGGUGAAAUGCUUUAAAUGUGUCUUGUUAUUGACUGUAAUGUCAAAUAUAUGUGCAAACACAGCACAAGAA